GAUCGUAAAUCGAUGAUGCUUACUACGAUUUGAUUAAUUCUUGUUUCAUCGAUGAGCGAAAUAUACAUUCCAUACCACCUUUCUUUAUGUUUUCAUGCCAAAGUCGACCCCCGGAUACAGAUUGUAAAGAUAGGUAAAUGUGGGCAGUGGCUCGGCCUGUUGCCGUAGCGUUGUUGAGGCACCAGAAGAAGAAGCGUGGAAGGAAGAACAAUUCAAAUCAUUCUGCUUCGAAGAAGAAAUCUAAAAGCAGUCGAAAUCGCUGGUGGUCAAGCAAGGGGCAAGAUAGCCCUCGGGAUAAAAGAUGGUGGUCAGAGGCAGGGGCAAAGAUAACUUCCGAGGAUAAUGUUAUGGAGAUGAGAAAUUUAGCAAGCAAAGCAUCGAGAUUGAGGAAAAAAGACGCGGAAUUUGCCAAAGAAAAGGACCGAUUUGAUAAGGAAGCCUACAUCGCUGAAAAUGACCAGAUAGAAGCUGCAGAAGUGUUAAGAGAGAAGCACAGGGAUGUAAAAAGAGAUGAAUCUGAGUUGAGGAGGCGUGAAUCUGCAUUGAGAAGGGAAAAAUCUCAAUUGAGAGCAAAAUAUGCGGCAGUUCGAGUUAAAGAGGAGAAAGUCGCAGAUGAAAAGGCGUCGAUUCGAGAAGAGAAGAGGAACCUUCGACUUGCAAGAGAAAGAUUGAUGGAGUAUAGCGAAAGAGUGAGAGAAACAAUCGAUAGAGCAGUGGAUUAUGUAGGCGGAUACCAUGAAGAAGACGAGAAGUUGCCGAGGAAGCAGUUAUGGAUUCGCCGAAUCUUGUUCAUGUUCACUGGAUUUCCUAUCAUUGGAUUAUAUUUCGUCGUUUUGACUGGGUGUAUGGCCAAUAACGUGAUAUCCCGAGCCUUCUUCACCAUCAACGUAUUCAGCGGCGCAUCUGACGAGUUCAUCGUUCCGAAUUUUCGAGUUGGUUAUUUUGGAGUCUGCGCCAUCAUCCCUAGUACAGGUAAAGAUAUCUGCACACCCAAUUUUCCCUACGGUCGAACAGCCAGCAGCGCCGCGGCCAUUGUGCAAGCCGCGCUCUUCAAAGGAAGCACCGACACGUCUACAGCCGAAAACAUCGAACUCGCCGUCGGCAUUCAACAAAAACUUCUUCCUCUAAUCCUUAUACCUUUCUUUGCUUUCAGCAUCGGAGUCCUCUGGACAAUCUGGACUCUCCCUACGCCUAAAAUGGCAUCGGCGACAUUGCAGUGGAGCGCGGGUAACAUGAUGAGUGCAGCGGGAAGUAUCAGUACUGCAGGAGGAGCAAUUCAGUUUGUCACGAGUAGGAGCACGGGACAGCAGAUUAGUAGGGGGGUUCCAUUGCAGAUUGGCCAGUAUGUUAUUGCGUUGGGGUGUUUGGGAUUCGCGGGUAUGGUUGGGUAUAUUGAUAAGAGAGGGAGGAGGAGGGCGCACGAGGGAUUUAAGAUGCAGUUCCAAGUGGAGGGAUUCAAAGCGUGAUAAAGGGGGUGCCUGUAUAGUGUGGGGAUAUGAGAAGUCGUUGUAAUAUGGCUGGGUUCUUGUAAGUUAAUUGUUGGAUCAUGUUUUUCGAUAUCGCA